CUGUCAUUUCGUAGUAUCGCCGAGUAUAACCUCACAAAUACGUUGUGUAUUCAAAUUUGAUUUUCCUUUUUAAGCAUUGCAGCAUUUGUAAAUUAACGAUUAAAAACAAGUUCAGUUCAUUCCAUAACAGUUAUUUUUGAUUAAAUAGAAAAAAUUAACAAAAAUGGCACGAAACGCAGAGAAAGCGAUGACAACCCUGGCCCGCUGGCGCGCCGCCCAGCUCGGCGAGAACGACAAGCACAAGCGUCGGCGGCCGCCCGUGGCUUCCGAGUGCAAGAGCCUCUACGCUUGCGAGAAAUGGCGCACCCAGAUUAUUCGCGAGAUCGCGAAAAAGGUGGCCCAGAUCCAGAACGCCGGUCUCGGCGAGUUCCGGAUCCGCGACCUCAACGACGAAAUCAACAAGCUGCUGCGCGAGAAGCGCCACUGGGAGGAUCAGAUCAAGGAGCUGGGGGGGCCGGACUACCAGAGGACGGGCCCGCGCAUGCUGGACCACGAAGGAAAGGAGGUGCCGGGAAACAGAGGCUACAAGUAUUUCGGGGCGGCGAAAGAACUGCCAGGAGUCCGGGAGUUGUUUGAGCAAGAGCCACCGCCUCCUCCCAGGAAAACGCGGGCGGAGAUGAUGAAGGAUAUCGAUGCGGACUACUACGGGUAUAUGGACGACGAUGACGGUAUACUCAUACCUUUGGAGAUGGUAGCUGAAAAAGCGUCCAUACAAAAGGCGAUCGUCGAUUGGAAGGAAAAAAAAGAACGUCAGCUGACACACGACGAGGAUGAGGAAAUGCCCGAAGAAGAACACAUAUAUGCCGUAGAAGACUCGGACGACGAUGACGUCGAAAAGAAAAAAUCUGAAGGGGAGCAGAAGUUUAUAGCCCACGUACCUGUACCGAGUCAACAAGAAGUGGAACAAGCGUUAUUAAGGCGGCGGAAGCAAGAACUGUUGGAGAAAUACGGUGUGCAAGAACAGAACCAAUCGCUGUAGUAAACACGAAUAAAUACUUACUUUUUUA